AUGUUUUGGGGAUUGGAAAUUAAAAAGGAAGCUGUCAAGUUCACACCACCAUAUGAUACUCAUGUAACUGGUGCCUGUUUGGCUGCCGCUGCCAAGGGAACCGAGCGUAACAUCCUCGUCGUCAAGUACGACGGUCAAGAAUACAGUUUGUGUUCAUUGGUGUUGGGCAAGAACGAACACUCGUCCUUGGACCUUAUUUUCGAAGAGGGCAAGGAGGUUUCAUUCCAAGUAUUGGGUUCUGGCCAACCAAUCCACGUCACUGGUUUCUUUGUCUCGCAAAUGGACGCCAAUGAAGACGACGAAGACGAUAUGGAAGAUGAAGACGAAGAGGGUCUUGAAGGUCUCGAGGGUAGCGAUGACGACGAAGACGAAGAUGAGGAGUUGGAAGACGACGAAGAAAUCGACGAAGAAUUGUUCAAGCAACUCGUCGCUGAAGAAGCUGCCAAGCAAUUGAAGCGUAAGAAUGCUACCGCCGCCGCCGAACAACCAAUCAAGAAGACCAAGGCUGAACAAGCUGCUCCAGUUGCCAAGCCAGCUGCUGCUCCAGCCAAGCCAACUGCCUCCCCAGCCAAGAAGGAAGCUGCUGCUGCUCCAGCCAAAGCUGCCACCCCAACCAAGAACGAACAACCAAAGAUUGUCAAGAAUCCAAACGGUCUCAUUGUCCAAGACAUGAUCGUCGGUUCUGGCCCAGAAGCCACCCGUGGCAAGACUGUUGCCGUCAAGUACAUUGGCAAGUUGACCAACGGUAAGACCUUUGACUCAUCGCUCAAGAGAACUUUUGACUUCUCUUUGGGUCUUGGUGAAGUCAUCAAGGGUUGGGAUCUCGGUGUUGCCGGUAUGAAGGUCGGAGGCAAGCGUAGACUUACCAUCCCAUCCCACCUCGGUUAUGGUGCUCAAGGUGCCAAGCCAGAUAUCCCCCCACACGCCACCCUCGUCUUUGAUGUUGAAUUGUGCAGAGUUGGUAGAUAA